AUGCCCUUCCUCUUUUUUCAGAUUGCCCUGGCUAGUUUCUACGAAGAUGGUGGCGACGAAGACAUCAUGACGCUCCCCCAGCCCACCUCCAGUUCCGUGACGAGAGGCACCGCAGCCAGCGACCACAGGGUGACCUCCUUCCGUGAUCUCGUCCAUGCUCAGGAAGAGGAGGAGGAGGAGGAAGAAGGACAAAGGUUUUAUGCUGGUGGGUCCGAACGGAGCGGGCAGCAGAUUGUUGGCCCCCCAAGGAAGAAGAGUUCAAACGAGCUGGUGGAGGACCUGUUCCGGGGGGCCAAAGAACACGGGGCGGUGGCUGUCGACAGGACAGCUAAGAGUCCCGGGGAAGGCAGCAGGCCAAAGCCCUUCGCAGGAGGAGGGUACCGCUUGGGAGCUGCCCCUGAGGAAGAGUCCGCUUACGUGGCGGGAGAAAUGAGGCCAAACGCUGCCCAGGAUGUUCACGUGGUGCUCAAGCUGUGGAAAAGCGGGUUCAGCCUAAACAGCGGCGAGCUGAGGAGCUAUCAAGAUCCUUCCAACUCUCAGUUCCUGGAGUCCAUCCGUCGGGGAGAAGUCCCGGCCGAGCUCCGUCGGUUGGCCCGUGGCGGGCAGGUGAACCUGGACCUGGAGGACCACCGCGACGAGGAUUUUGUGAGGGCCAGGGGUACCUUCAGGGCUUUCACCGGAGAGGGCCAGAAGCUAGGCAGGUAA